AUCAAACACAAACUGAGAGACUGAAGUCCUUUCUUUCAGAGAAAUGCUGCUCCUGGUACUGGCAUUGCUUGCAGUUCUCUUCCCAGCUGGUGACACUCAGGAUGCCUUUCCGGAGCCAAUUUCCUACUAUGUCACCCAAAGCUCAUCAUUUUUCAACAGUACCUGGGCACAAAAUCAAGCUUCAGGCUGGUUGGGAGAUAUACAGAUUGAUGGUUGGAAUAGUGACUCAGGCACUAUCAUAUUCCGGAAAACCUGGUCUAAAGGCAACUUCAGCAAUGAUGAGAUUUUGGAAAUGGAGGAGUUAUUUCGACUCUACUUCUUAGGAUUUGUUAAAGAAGUCCAGGAACUUGUCAGUGAUUUCCAGCUGGAAUAUCCUUUUGAGAUCCAGGGCAUUGCAGGCUGUGAGUUGCAUUCUGGAGGAGCCAUUGUAAGCUUCUUGAUGGGAGCUAUAGAAGGACUGCAUUUCAUGAGCAUCAAUAAUUAUUCAUGUUUGCCUGCCCCAGAAGGUGGUACCAGGGCACAGAAAUUCUGUGCAUUAAUCUUACAGUACAAAGGAAUUUGUGAUAUUGUGGAAAAUCUCCUCACAAAAGUUUGCCCCAGAUAUCUGAUGAGUGUCCUAGAAGCUGGGAAGGCAGCUCUGCAGAAGCACGUGAAGCCUGAGGCCUGGCUAUCCCAGGGACCCAGCCCCGAGCCUGGCUAUCUGCAGCUGGUGUGCCACGUCUCUGGCUUCUACCCAAAGCCUGUGUGGGUGAUGUGGAUGAGAGGAAAUUCCUCCAUUGGUUGGAUCAUUUUGGCAGUAUUUGUGACCUGUUUGAUUGUUUUGCUGUUUUAUGUAUUAUGGUUUUAUAAGCACUGGUCAUAUCAGGAUAUUUUGUGAUUGCUCACUGUCUCAUUUGUAUGAAUUAGAAUUAGUUUCAGGAUGUACAGAAAAUUGAAUUUUCCACCUGGGAGUCCAUGCUCUUUCAUUACAUCAAAUAUCCAUUAUUUUUUUGGUAAGCCAUAUCAACAAAAAAGGACCUUUGAGUAUAUUUUGGGAUUAUAUCAAUAAAAAACAUGUGCCCAGAUUUUAUCUCAUAUUAGUAUAUGUUUCUGGUUCUUCUUAGAAUGAUAAUGUGUUUUACUUGUCUUAUUCUAUUAGUUUGGUAAUUACAUCUAUUUUCAAAUGGGAAAUUAAGUUGUGUUUGUGAUUUUUCUGUCCUUUUCUACAAUUUGUGUAUGUGGAUUCAAUGUGCAAAUAUUUUGUUUAUAGUUAUCAACCUUCAUUUAAUUCUUUCCACAUUCUUGUCAGUUAUUGAUAUUAAGGAUUCUUUGAUUUAAUAAAAUAACUUCAAAGCA